AUGAAGAGUGACAGAUCCAUACCUGAGCCUCUGAACUUCCAUGGAGAGAGAGUGAACUUUGACCCAAGACUGCAGACUCAGAGAGCAGGAUCUCCAGUGCCCAGCUGUGUGUCUAUGAAGAGUGACAGAUCCAUGCCUGAGCCUCUGCACUUCCAUGGAGAGAGAGUGAACUUUGACCCAGGACUGCAGACUCAGAGAGCAGGAUCUCCAGUGCCCAGCUGUGUGUCUAUGAAGAGUGACAGAUCCAUGCCUGAGCCUCUGCACUUCCAUGGAGAGAGAGUGAACUUUGACCCAAGACUGCAGACUCAGAGAGCAGGAUCUCCAGUGCCCAGCUGUGUGUCUAUGAAGAGUGACAGAUCCAUGCCUGAGCCUCUGCACUUCCAUGGAGAGAGAGUGAACUUUGACCCAGGACUGCAGACUCAGAGAGCAGGAUCUCCAGUGCCCAGCUGUGUGUCUAUGAAGAGUGACAGAUCCAUGCCUGAGCCUCUGCACUUCCAUGGAGAGAGAGUGAACUUUGACCCAGGUGUGGAGACAGAUCUAACUGAGGGUCAGAACGUCCAACACAACACAUUCAAGUCUGAGUUACAUCUUCUCCUGCUGAGAAUCAUUGAGGGUCAUAAAACCACCCUGAAAAAGAAGUAUGAAUGCUUAUAUGAAGGUGUCGCACUGAAAGAAAACCAAACCCUCCUCAACAGCAUUUACACAGAGCUCUACAUCACAGAGGGAGAGAGUGAAGGAGUGAAUGAGAAACAUGAGAUUUUACAGAUUGAAGCAGCAUCCAGGAAAUGGGUUUCUCAAGACAAACCAAUCAGCUGCAAUGACAUCUUCAAACCCUUGUCAACCAACAGAACUAAACAGCAGAAAAAAUCUUUGUCAAGAGAGAAACCUGAAAGGGACAGGCAAAAGCCAGAAAUCAGAACUGUACUCACCAAGGGCAUUGCUGGAAUUGGAAAAACAGUCUCUGUGCAGAAGUUCAUUCUGGACUGGGCAGAAGGAAGGACCAAUCAGGACAUUGAUUUUGUGUUGGUUCUUCCUUUUAGAGAACUGAACUUGGUUAAAGAUGAACAGUUCAGUCUUCAUGGACUCCUGUUAGAGUUUCACCCAGAGCUGAAAGACUUAGAUCCAAAGAAAUAUAAUGACUGUAAAAUGCUGUUCAUCUUUGAUGGUUUAGACGAAAGUCGACUUCAGCUGAAUUUUUCUGAGAGGCUGUGUGAUGCGACCAAAACAUCAUCAGUGAAUAUACUGAUAUCAAACCUCAUCAAAGGAAAUCUUCUUCCAUCUGCACUCAUCUGGAUAACCUCCAGACCAGCAGCAGCCAGUCAGAUCCCCUCUAAAUUCAUCAGUCGCGUGACAGAAGUCCAAGGAUUCAGUGAUUCCCAGAAAGAGGAAUACUUCAGAAAAAGAGUCAGUGAUGAGAGUCAAGCCAACAGAAUCAUCUCACACAUCAAGACAUCAGUGAGUCUCCACAUCAUGUGUCACAUCCCAGUGUUCUGUUGGAUUUCAGCCACCGUGCUUCAGGAAAUGCUGCGUCGAGACAAUGUUAAAGAGAUCCCUAAAACUCUGACUGAGAUGUACACACACUUCCUGCUCAUUCAGACUAAAGUGAAGAAGCAGAAAUAUGAAGAGAAAGUUGAGACAGACUCAAAGAAUCUUCUGGAAUCAAGCAAGGAGAUCUUUCUGAAACUUGCAAAGCUGGCUUUUAAGCAGUUGAUGAGGGGUAAUGUCAUGUUUUAUGAAGAGGAUCUGAGAGAAUGUGGUGUUGAUGUGAGUGAGGCCACAGUGUACUCUGGGAUUUGUACUGAGAUCUUCAAGGAGGAAUCUGUGUUUCGUCAGAAGAAGGUCUACUGCUUUGUGCAUCUGAGUGUUCAAGAGUUCUUUGCUGCUCUCUAUGUGUUUUAUUGCUAUGUAAACAGGAACAUGAAGGCACUGAAAUAUUUUCUGAAGAAAAAGACCAGAGGGGAGCCAAACAAUGUUCUCUUGGUUGAGUUACUGAAAGGAGCUGUGGAUAAAUCUUUGGAGAGUAAGGAUGGACAUCUUGAUCUGUUUGUCCGCUUCCUUCAUGGCAUCUCACUAGAGUCCAACCAGAGACUCCUACAAGGCCUGCUGACACACACACAGAACAACCAAAUAAGCAUAAACCAAAUAAGCCGUUACAUCAAAGAGUUAAAUAAAGAUGGCGUCCCACCUGAGAGAUGGAUCAAUCUACUGCACUGCCUGACUGAAAUGAAUGAUCACUCUCUCCAUGAAGAAAUUCAAGCUUUUGUCAAGUCUGAAAAUUACAGAACUAAACUCUCACUUGCACACUGCACAGCACUGGCCUACAUGUUUCUGAUGUCAGAGGAGGUGCUGGAUGAGUUUGACCUGAAGAAAUACAACACAUCAGAUGAGGGUCGUAGGAGACUGCUCCCAGCUGUGAGGUGCUGCAGAAAAGCUCUACUCAGAGACUAUAACCUCACUCAGCAGUCCUGUGAAACUAUCGCCUCAGCUCUGAAGUCAGUGAACUGCCCCGUGAGAGAACUGGACCUGAGAAGCACUGGUGUUCAGGAUUCAGGAGUGAUGAUGCUCUGUGCCUCACUAAAGAAUCCAAACUGUAAACUGGAAAUACUGAGACUUGCUGGUUGUAAACUCACUGAACAGUCCUGUUCAUCUAUAGCCUCAGUUCUACAGUCAGUAAACUGUCCCCUGAGAGAACUGGACCUGAGUAACAAUGACUUUCAGGAUUCAGGAGUGAAGUUUCUCUGUGUGGGACUGAAGAAUCCACACUGUAAACUGGAGAUACUAAGACUUGCUCUCUGUAAAUUUACUGAACAGUCCUGUUCAUCUAUAGCCUCAGUUGUACAGUCAGUAAACUGUCCCCUGAGAGAACUGGACCUGAGUAACAAUGACCUUCAGGAUUCAGGAGUGAAGUUUCUCUGUGUGGGGCUGAAUAAUCCACACUGUAAACUGGAGAUACUGAGGUUGUCUGGUUGUUUAGUGACAGAGGAAGGCUGUUAUUCUCUGGCUUCAGCUCUGAGUUCAAACCCCUCACACCUGAGAGAACUGGAUCUGAGCUACAAUCACCCAGGAGACUCAGGAGUGAAGCCUCUCUCCACACAGAUGAAUCAACACUGUCGACUUAAUGUGGAGCAUGGAGGAGAAUUCAGGAUCAAACCAGGAUUAAGAAAAUAUGUCUGUGAUCUCACACUGGACCCAAACACAGUAAACACACUCCUCUCUCUGUCUGAGGGGAACAGAAAGGUGACACAUGUGAGAGAGAAACAGUCGUAUCCUGAUCAUCCAGAGAGAUUUGAUAGGUGGUAUCAGGUCAUGUGUAGAGAGAGUCUGACUGGACGCUGUUACUGGGAGACUGAGUGGAGUGGAGAUGAGGCUGCUAUAGCAGUGACAUAUAAAGGAAUCAGGAGGAAAGGAGUGAGUGAUGACUGUGGGUUUGGAUACAAUGAAAAGUCCUGGAGUCUGGAGUGGUCUGGUAACAGAUACUCUGUCCGCCACAAUAAUCAGAGAACUGUCAUACCUCAUGACCCCUCACACACACACAGAGUAGGAGUGUAUCUGGACUGGUCGUCUGGAACUGUGUCCUUCUACAGCGUCUCCUCUGACACACACACACUCACACACUUACACACAUUCCACUGCACAUUCACUGAACCCCUCUAUGCAGGGUUUACUUGCAGCAGCCGAGCGAGGGGCCUCUGGCACGGCCAGAGCGAGGACCAGAAACUAGAACAUGGACAUAAAUCAGAACAGGGACAAGCACCAGAACAGGGACAAAAAACGGAACUGGAUCAGGAACAAGGCCCAGGACUGGAGGCCCACAGGUGA